CACCCGCCUAUCCCACCAUCUGCAUGCGUCUUCCUCGACACAGCAGCCUAAUUUGUCUCCUCUUCGCUUUCGUCACCAUACCCCCGGUCAUCUUUAUCCUCCUCUUCCUCGGUUACUUGGACUCGUCUAUGCGAGUCUGCCUCCCUUUUUCUCUCGCACGUUUAUCCACUACAGCCCACAACACACUCUCCUGUCAAGCCAGACCAGUAAGCUCAAUAAUCAUGGACAACGCAACCAUCCAAUCGGGAAGCGAUAAUGCGACUGUCCCUGAAGGAAAGCUCGCCGGGUUUCUGUCCAGUCAGAGGGACCUUUUUCUGCAAGAUUUGAAGGACGGAAAAGGCAGGGGUUGGAGUGUGGUCAUGGGAAAUCAAGCUGGAGAUCUUGACUCUCUUGCUUCGUCUGUGGCUUUUUCCCAGCUUUCUGCUACCCUUCUUGCAUCCCGUGUCGUCCCCCUUAUCCUCACCCCUCCCAAAUCCAUGCGUCUCCGCCCAGAAAACCUCAUCGCUCUCAGAAACACUUCUAUUCCUCUCACUUCCCUCUUGCACGCCUCACAGCUCCCUGUAUCCACUACCGAAUUGGCUUCCCAAGGCAUUACUUUCGCACUUGUCGACCAUAAUAAACUAUUGCCUGAAUUUGCUCAAGGCAAAGUCGACGCUAUAAUCGACCACCACGAAGAUGAAAAUGCGCAUACCGACGCUUCGAUCAGAGAAAUCACCAUCCCCACUGGUAGUUGUGCGUCUCUUGUCGUAAAACAUUUCCAACCUCAGUGGGAAGCCUCCAUCUCUCGCGGUUCGCCUGUACCACCCGAGCUAGCUACUUUACUUCUUUCUGCAAUUGUGAUCGAUACUGGCGGUUUGAAACCCGGUGGUAAAGCCACUUCCGUGGACUAUGAGGCCGCAGCAUUUUUAUAUUCCAUUUCUACCAUCGCCCAGGGUCAAGCAGGAUCAUUUUCCGUUACCGGUGAGGGUGGUUUACCGCCCUCUCUCAAGCUCCUAUCAGACACUCUGCAGGAUGCAAAAUCCGAUGUCUCCAACUUGACCACCUAUGAGCUCCUCAUGCGUGACUAUAAAGAGUACGAAUGGCCCACCCAAUCCCCUAAUUUCCCCACGUUGAAGGUCGGUCUGUCGACUGUGCCGUUGGGCUUGAAGACUUGGAUUGCCAAGGAGCCAGAGGGCUGGGAGACAUUGAUGAGCGGUACGGAACAGUAUAUGCGAGAGAGGACAUUGGAUAUUGAAGGGAUCUUGACAACGUACAGGAGCGAGAAGAAGGGCAAACAUAAGCGCCAGUUGGCUUUAAUCAUUCGGCCAGGUGGUGUCAUCAGGGAUCCGCAAGAAGCACGAUCGGUGUUUGAUCGGCUUGCGGCAGGCUUGGAGGCUAGUGAAAUGUUACAGUUGGAGGAAUGGAAGAAGGAAGAAAAAGUUAAGAGACAGGAUGAUGAGAGGUUGGUUAAAGUAUGGGUGCAGGGAAAUGCAAAGGCUACAAGGAAGCAGGUCGCGCCUUUACUGAAAAAUCUUGUUUCAGAGUUGCAAUAAGUCACUAUAUAUACCUCUAGAUUGAUUGAAAGAUACAUCUAUAGCCCCCCUAUGGUUUCAGAUCACACUCCGAUUGAUGCCCAUUCGUUCUUACCCAGUCCGCUCUCUGACAUUCCCUUGAACAAUAUUUUGCCCAGUCGCAAUGUUGGCAUUGAAUCGUUGGCGUUGCAAGUCUAAAAUUGAGACACCAUCGACAAACUUCCUUCCCACCCCAUCUAUCCAUUACCACCUUGCCCGGCCGAUUCUUCUCCCACCAUGUCUUACUCGAUAUUUCGUGUAUGAGCUGAGGUUUAUCCCACUCAUUAUCGCGCUUUUCGACAAAGUGCAUGCCGUUUUUGGUACAUAAUCGGAUGGAAGCAUCGUUGUUGACAGUCGGAUCAGACUGGGAUUCAGUCAGCAUUAUCUCAUCUCGUCACCUCAUCCUCUAGAGAAUACCAGACAAAACUUACUUGCACCAAGGUACAUCCUACUUCCUCCAUUGCAAACCUCAAAACCUCCACAAACGCCUCACUCAUGAUCCCCUGCCCCCAAAGUUGCGGAUGUACCUCGUAAAACAUCUUGCCCACCAAUCCCAUCUUCUUGAACUGCUCAAACGUCGGCUGGGUAUAAACCUGGCCCUUCUGAGGAAGUAAUGAAGGGCAUGAGUCAGUGAAUAAGAGGGAGAGGGCAAUGUUGCCUAUGUACCCCUCUGCAGAGGUGAGGCGGUUGGUUAUCCGAACGUUGCCCGCAGGUUUGAUGGCUAAAGAAGAAGGGUCGAGGGCAGUGAUGGCAAAAACAUAUUCUUCCCUGUAUUUUGUAUCGGUAGAUGUGGAGGCUCGUGGGAUGCUAUGACUUCUGUUAGGGGAUUUAUUGUAGUUUAUGGGAACUAUACAGCCCACCUGGAUCGGAUGUAACGGUUCUGGAAAGACUCUUUGAUAUCAGAAAUGGAAGGUGAUCCGUAG